AUGGCCAAAACUCAAAAGAACAAGGCUACGUCCUUUCAUUUGGGUCAACUCAAAGCCAAGCUCGCAAAGUUGAAGCGAGAACUGCUCACUGGGCCUUCGGGUGGUGGUGGUGGCGGCGGCGCUGGUUUCGACGUUGCCAGAACGGGUGUUGCUAGUAUUGGUUUCAUUGGUUUCCCAUCAGUGGGAAAGAGUACCCUCAUGAGCAGGUUGACUGGCCAACAUUCCGAGGCCGCCGCCUAUGAAUUCACAACCCUGACGUCGGUGCCUGGUCAAGUCACAUACAAUGGUGCCCCGCUGCAGAUGAUUGAUCUUCCGGGUAUCAUUGAGGGUGCCAAGGAUGGUCGAGGUCGAGGUCGGCAAGUCAUUGCUGUAGCCAAGACAUGCCAUCUCAUCUUCAUCGUCCUCGAUGUCAACAAGCCACUGUCGGACAAGCGAGUAAUUGAGACCGAGUUGGAAGGUUUUGGUAUUCGGAUCAAUAAGGGGCCCCCAAACAUAACCUUCAAGAAGAAGGACAAGGGCGGUCUCAACAUUUCCAGCACCGUGCCCCUCACACACAUUGACAAUGACGAGAUCAGAGCCGUCAUGAACGAGUACCGUAUCAACUCUGCCGAUAUCGCCAUUCGGUGCGACGCCACCGUCGAUGAUCUGAUUGAUGUAUUGGAAGCCCGGAGUCGCAGCUACAUUCCCGUCAUCUAUGUCCUCAACAAGAUUGACGCAAUCAGCAUUGAGGAACUCGACCUGCUUUACAGAAUCCCCAACGCUGUUCCCAUCAGCUCCGAGCACGGCUGGAACAUUGAUGAGUUGAUGGAAGCCAUGUGGGAUAAGCUCAAAUUGGUUCGCGUGUACACCAAGCCUAAGGGAAAGAUGCCGGACUAUUCGGCACCUGUCGUGCUACGUUCCAACAGGUGUACCGUCGAAGAUUUUUGUAACGCAAUCCACCGAACCAUUGUCGAACAAUUCAAGACGGCCAUUGUUUAUGGCAAGUCUGUAAAGCACCAGCCGCAACGAGUUGGUCUGAACCACGAGUUGGCUGAUGAAGAUAUUGGUGCGUACCUUUGUGUUAUCCCCCCAAUGCCCCGGUUCGAUACUUGA